AUGCAGCGAACAUUCCGCAACGUAAACGAGGGCGAGUUCUAUCAGGGUCUGACUGGAAUGAUAUCCCACCUUCGUCGUCAAAAAUCUCUAAUCGAUCGCUUGCAAUCCACAUGCCCUGCCCUUUCAGGAACGCGGUGGCUGUCACUGUCACGUGUGUCUUCAUAUCUCUUGAUUCACCGGACCGAAAUUAUUAACCAUUACGAAUCGUUGAAUAUGGAAAGACGAAGCAGCCAGCAAUCUUCCACAUUCUGGAUCUACCUUGCUGCCGUCAAUGUAAUUGCAUCUGACAUCAGCGAAACAGUACAGCGCCUGCAAGGAAACCGAUCAUUAUUGAAUCAACAAUCUGCUGAAAUCCAAGAUUGCAUCGAGCGCUUGGUAAAGCUGGCGUUUGCAGAGUCAAUAUCCGAGGAACAAUCAAAUUUAGAUCCUGAGCAGUAUAUUUACAGCAGAGGGCUGCGGUUUACAAAAGAAGACUUGCAUGGCUUUUUGUGUGACCAAGGCUUGUUCGUUGUUCAGCUUCUGCGAUUGACGGAAUCCUCCGGAACAGAGAGGAUUCUUCAACACGUUGCCAAUAUGCUCAGCUCCUUGAUUGCCGGACUCAAGGACGUUUGUGCAGAACGGACUGACCUGAACACGGCCAAUAAUCACCUUGUUCUCCCAACGUUGCCUUGGGAAUACAUUGAAAUGCGGCCCCGGGAUCUUAUUGCUUUGCUGGAAAAUCACCACCACCGGUUGGAGGCUUCUUUCAAUCCUAGUGAAAUUGAAGCUAUUUGUUUUCAGCAUCGCGAUCUGAAGGCGCGUUUCAAAUCAGCACUGAACCGCACAGCUGGAUCUAAAACAGCCACAUUUGAUGAGGCUUGGAGUGCCGGAAAUAUAUCUUCCCAGUAUGGACAGCUUUGUGCCUUUGCAGGAGGACUUGCUUCAAUUUUCCCCAAUACGUCCACAGUUGAGUCCGACUUUUCCAAUCUCAAGUGGGAAAAAGACGAUUUCCGUCAAUCCUUGACAGAUUUCUCGCUAGAAGGGAUCCUCCAUUGCCGGCAAGCGCUGAAUCAGAAGUAA